CCGCUGUUGACGAAAAACGGAUAUAGCAUUAGUGAGAAGACAGAGAGAGAGAGAGAGAGAGAGCGUGCGAAAGUAGCGGAACGAUCAGCUUCAUCGAUUGGUUCGAAUAUUCCAAGGAAGUGGAUCCAGGAAGCAUACGUGACCCUUCGAUUUCUCCGCCGAGCAUGAUUGUCUGCAUCGCGAGAAUAUCGAGAAUAAGGAUUCAGUAAAAAUUGAAUCGCCGAAUCAGCAAGAUGGCGAAGAAUCAACAUCAGAAUGGCGUAAUACCGGGAGGCAUGGUGACUGGUCCAGAUGAUUUUUCGGAUGGUGAAAGCACUCCUCUGACUCAGGACUAUGCCGGAAGCCAACGAACGAUUGUCGAGACGAAAGGAUGGGACGUGUUUCGAAAUCCACCGAUGAAGACCGACUCGAACUCGGGCUCUAUGGCAAACCAGAAAUGCCUGGAGAGGAUGGUGCAGGUGAUCAAGGUUUUCGUCUACUUGCUCGUUUUUGUUAUAGUUUUGGGCAGCGGCGUGGUUGCCAAGGGCACGAUUCUCUUCAUGACGUCGCAGCUUCGACAGGACAGAAAAAUACUCUACUGCAAUAAACAACUCGAUCGAGAAAAUCAAUACAUAGUGACACUACCAGAGGAGGAGAGAAUCGCGUGGAUAUGGUGCAUAAUAAUCGCGUUCGCGGUGCCGGAGUUCGGCACGCUGGUACGCAGCAUCCGCAUGUGCAUCUUCAAGUCAUGGAAGAAACCGCAAUUGGGACACUUUCUCGUAGUUUUCAUCAUGGAGACAUUUCACGUGGUCGGCUUGGCCUUGAUGUUCCUGGCGGUGCUUCCAGAACUUGACGUCGUCAAAGGGGCAAUGCUGACCAACUGCGUGUGCUUUGUUCCAGGAUUGUUCGGCCUACUUUCCCGUAACAAAAGCAAAGACGAGUCCAAGCGAUUCGUCCUCGUUCUUGUCGAUAUCGCCGCCUUGGCCGCCCAGGCAACCAGCUUCGUCCUUUGGCCCUUCCUGGACAGUUCGAGACGAUCUUUAUGGCUGAUUCCCGUUUCGCUGCUUCUCGUCUCAUGCGGCUGGUGGGAAAAUUACGUCUCCACGCAGAGUCGAAUCGGUCUAAUCAGAUCGCUCGGCAGAGUGAAGAAGGAGAUGCGAUUGACGCGUUAUUUCACCUACCUGUUGGUGUCCGUCUGGAAAAUCGUUGCGUUCUUUAUCAGCUCGGUACUGAUAUUGCACGUCAAAGGAGAAACUGUCGGGCAUCUUUUUACCAUGCUGAGCAGCGCUUUCGGCGACCACAAGAUCACGGUCACGUCCAUCAAGGCGAUCACCGGCGGCAGUUUACCCGAUCUUUCGGAAAUUCUAACGGGCGACAUCACCGAGGUCGUCAACGCCGACUUCAAUACGCCCAUCUACGUCCUUCUACUGCAGAUUGCUGGCGCUUAUUUCGCCUACGUGUUUGGCAAGUUCGCAUGCAAAAUCUUGAUCCAAGGCUUCAGCUACGCAUUUCCGGUGAAUCUCACGAUACCAGUAUCGAUUUCCUUGCUGAUCGCCGCGUGCGGUCUCCGCAACAGCGAUCCUUGCUUCUUCCACGGCACCAUACCAGAUUACCUGUUUUACGAGUCGCCGCUGCCCAACUUUCUCAAUGAUUUCGUGUCGAAGCAAUACGCUUGGGUAUGGCUGCUCUGGUUGUUAUCGCAGACUUGGAUCACCCUGCACAUCUGGACACCCAAGUGCGAGCGUCUCGCGGCCACGGAGAAGCUCUUCGUCGUGCCGAUGUACGACUCGUUGCUGAUCGACCAGUCGAUGGGCCUCAAUCGGAGAAGGGACGAUCAGCCGGAAGUCAAGGUCGAGGAUCUGGCAGAGAUAGAGAAGGAAAAGGGCGACGGCGACUACGAGACGAUCUAUGAGCAAACGGACGGCUCGACUACACCUCCGUCCGCAGUGAAGAGCAGCGAUCACGUAACCAGGAUAUACGCUUGCGCCACUAUGUGGCACGAGAACAAAGAGGAAAUGAUGGAAUUCCUGAAGAGUAUCCUGCGCCUGGACGAGGAUCAGUGUGCGCGGCGUGUCGCUCAGAAAUACCUAAAGGUCGUCGAUCCCGACUAUUACGAAUUCGAAACUCAUAUAUUCUUCGACGACGCGUUCGAGCUGUCCGACCACGACGAGAACGAGUCGCAAGUGAACAGAUUCGUAAAGCUAUUGGUCGGCACGUUGGACGAAGCCGCGUCGGAUGUUCAUAAAACGAGGAUGUACGUGAGAGCACCGAAGAAGUAUCCGACUCCGUAUGGCGGACGAUUGGUUUGGACUCUUCCCGGAAAAACCAAGAUGAUCGCGCAUUUGAAGGACAAGAGCAAAAUCCGACAUAGGAAACGGUGGAGUCAGGUGAUGUAUAUGUAUUACCUUUUGGGACAUCGGCUGAUGGAAUUACCGAUCAGCGUCGAUCGCAAGGAAGUUAUUGCCGAGAAUACAUAUCUAUUAACGCUGGACGGCGAUAUUGAUUUUCAACCGGCGGCUGUGAAACUUCUUGUCGACCUGAUGAAGAAGAAUAAAAAUCUAGGCGCUGCUUGCGGUCGCAUCCAUCCAGUCGGUUCCGGACCAAUGGUGUGGUACCAAAUGUUCGAGUACGCGAUUGGCCACUGGCUGCAAAAAGCUACCGAGCACAUGAUCGGCUGCGUGCUCUGUAGUCCCGGAUGCUUCUCACUAUUCCGAGGUAAGGCAUUGAUGGACGACAACGUAAUGAAGAAAUACACGACCAAAUCCGAUGAGGCGAGACACUACGUGCAGUACGAUCAGGGGGAGGAUCGUUGGCUGUGCACGUUAUUGUUGCAACGAGGAUACAGAGUAGAAUAUUCCGCGGCAAGCGACGCUUAUACUCACGCACCGGAAGGAUUCAACGAGUUCUACAAUCAACGGCGUCGUUGGGUGCCUUCGACUAUUGCGAAUAUCAUGGACCUACUAAUGGACGCGAAACGCACGAUCAAAAUCAACGACAAUAUCUCGCUGCCUUAUAUUUCGUAUCAAAUUCUAUUAAUGGGUGGUACGAUUUUGGGACCCGGCACGAUCUUCCUCAUGUUGGUGGGUGCCUUCGUGGCUGCUUUCAAAAUCGACAAUUGGACCAGCUUCUAUUACAACAUCAUUCCCAUCUUGUUCUUCAUGAUCGUCUGCUUCACGUGCAAAGCGAAUAUACAGCUUUUAUGCGCCCAGAUCCUGUCGACGGCGUACGCGAUGAUCAUGAUGGCGGUAAUCGUAGGUACCGCUCUACAGCUUGGCGAGGACGGUAUAGGCUCACCCUCGGCAAUCUUCCUCAUAUCACUGUCGAGCUCGUUCUUCAUAGCAGCCUGUCUACACCCGCAAGAAUUCUGGUGCAUCGUGCCUGGCAUCAUAUAUCUGUUGUCCAUUCCAUCCAUGUAUUUGCUCUUGAUACUGUACUCCAUCAUUAAUCUUAAUGUUGUGACCUGGGGUACUAGAGAGGUCCAAACGAAAAAGACCAAGAAGGAACUCGAGCAAGAGAAACGGGAAGCAGAGGAGGCAAAGCGCAAGGCCAAGCAGAAAUCCUUACUAGGUUUUCUGCAGAAUGGCGCAGGCACCAACGAUGAUGAUCAAGGUUCAAUCGAGAUAUCGCUGGCUGGUUUGUUCAAAUGCUUGCUGUGCACUCAUGGCAAACCGUCCGCCGAAAAACAGCAACUCGUGGCAAUCGCCGAGUCGCUCGAGCAACUCGGCAAAAGACUCGAAACUAUCGAGAGAGCGGUAGAUCCUCACGCCUCUGGACGAAGAAGAGCCUCCUCCGUAGGUUCGCGUACCGCCGAUCACCUGGGUGCUAUCGGCGAAGAUCCGGCCGAGGAUGAUGAAAAUAGCGAUACGGAGACAGUGAUUAGCCAGAAUACCGAAGGUAAUCGCGACGGCGUCAACUUCCUCACGCGACCAUAUUGGCUGAACGAUGACGGUCUGAAGAAGGGUGAAGUAGAUGUAUUAUCGUUGCAAGAAGAACAGUUCUGGAAGGAUCUGCUGGAGAAAUAUCUUUAUCCGAUUGACGAAGACAAAGCGGAGAAGGCCCGCAUCGCCGCCGAUCUGAUCGAGCUACGUAACAAGAGCGUGUUCGCAUUUCUAAUGUUCAAUGCGUUGUUCGUUCUGAUCGUAUUCUUGCUACAGCUGAACAAGGAUCAGCUGCACGUAAUCUGGCCGCUCGGCGUCAAGACCAACAUCACCUAUGUUGAGGAAACCUCGGAGGUACACAUCACGAAAGAAUAUUUGCAACUCGAACCGAUCGGUCUCGUAUUUGUCUUCUUCUUCGCGCUAAUAUUGGUCAUACAAUUCACCGCGAUGUUGUUCCAUCGAUUCGGUACGCUGGCCCACAUUUUGGCCAGCACGAGCUUGGAUUGCUGCAAGAAGACGAAGGAUCUCUCGGAGGAAGCCUUGCUGUCGAAACAUGCGGUCGACAUAGUAAGAGAUCUCCAGAGGCUAGACGGGAUCGAAGGCGACUACGAGGAAGGCAGCGGUAGCGGGCCCGGUAGACGGAAAACAAUCAGAAAUCUGGAAAAGAGUCGCCGGAAGACGCAGGCGAUCAACACGCUCGACGUGGCCUUCAGGCAACGUUUCUUCAGUAUGAACGAGGGCGCAGGUCUGUCGAGGAACAUGUCGACGCGACGCGAGGCGUUUAAGGCGUUCGAGGGCAGGCGUAACAGCAUAAUGGCGAUGCGCCGGAAGUCGCAGAUGCAGACUUUGGGAGCAAACAACAUCUACGGCGUGGCCGGCAACCCCCUCGGAAUCCAGGGUCGACCGUCCCGCAGCAGUCAGAUAUCCGUGAAGGACGUCUUUGAGGGACACGCGGCGGCGGCGGCUGCGGCUGCGGCUGCGGCUGCGGCUGCGGCAGCGGGACACGUGAACGCCGGUUAUGAAGGCGACGACAGUCCUGGCAACAGUUUGCGGCUACAGAAUCUCGGCAGCAGUCAAGUCACGUGGCGAGAGGCGAAUUCCAACGUGUAAUUCCUCAAUCUCUUCCUCAAUCCCUGCCUCCCUCUAUCCUUUAUCGUGAUGAAUUAACGAAGAACCCAGUGAAUUUAUUUAUCGAAGAGCUCAAUUCCGAAAAUAUCUCCAAGUCAUGUCUUUAAAAAAAUUGCGUGAAAAUUUCAUCAUGCUUCUCGCAGUUUCUUCUUUCUUCCAACGCGAAUCUCGUGUGCUUUGAGAAAUGGAAUUAAAAAUGAUAUUGCUUCAAGAUUGAUACUUGUAAGUCUAGCAAGGCUGCAGAGGAGAAUUAUUUUUUAAAAUAAGGUUUUAAUGAUUUUGGAAGUAAGCUCAUAAAUUAUCAACCAUCAAUCGAGAAAAUCCAUGUUUAACAUCAGAAAUUAUGGUAUUUUAACGAAGAUGCUUUCCCACACGGUACGGGUCGAGACGUUCUUAGAAUGUUCCUGCAUCUUAAAGACGUCUCUCAGAUAAAGCGUAUUGUGUGGCUUGUUACUUGUUACAAAAUAAUUUUUAUAAAUUCGUAAAGGGAAGAACUGCACAAAUUUAAAUAAUGAAGCACAUUCGCAUUUCCUUUCACGUAUUAUUCUUCACUCUUUAUGUUUUCUCUUAUCUCUAAUGUUUUGCUCGUCAUUGCUGUUUCUCAUUAUUAUUAUUAUUAUUAUUACACAUUGUGGUGUUUCAGACACAAGGAGAUACAUUUUGUAUCGUAAUGUUGGUUUGAAAUAGGUCUGUUAUUUUUCCUUCUUUUAACUGUAUUUUUCACAUGCUCUUCUGCAUCUUUCUCUCUCUCUCUAAUUUGCUUAAAUCCUAGGAAUAUAUCUUUUUUUCUUUUUCAUUUUAAAUGCAGAGUAUGUAAAGUAACACAGUUAAAAGAAGCGGACCUGAUUUUUGUAUUGUUACUGCCAGGUAAAUCGGUGGUGACCGCGAUGAUUACGCUUACUCGCUCCGUUUUCUAUUAUGUAUGUGAUAAGGCCGAUAUUUAAAAUAGAAAUUUGCGUAUGAGCGAUGAAUGAAUGUAUAUACAAGUGUAAAUUGCACGUGCGUAUUUGAAGAUUGUAUGCAUAAUGAUUGUAUGUAUGAUACUAGUGAUAAAACAAUAAUAAUAAUAAUUAUAAUAAUGCCACAAAUGUGGAGAAUUUUAAAUAAACUGCAUUCAAAUGAUAUAUCUUCACAUCCUUCAUUUAAUUAAUUAAAAUUCAAAUAUAACUAAAAAUCUCACUAAUUAUGUUAUGAUAUAACAACAAUAACACAUUCAUAAAGACUAUCAAAACUGUCAGUUUUGAAAAUGUAUAAUGUACGUUACGUAGAUUUCCAGCAUUGUGUGAAGUGGCAUUGGAGCACAGUUAAAAUUAAACUGAC